AUUUGAUCGUUGGUUGGGUUUCUUCCGAUUCUCACGAUUAAUUUGAUCAGCGCCGCCAAUUAUGGGAGGAUCGGAGAAUCGUUCAUGAGUCAUCCACGACUCGUGGGACUGAUCGUCUCUUACCAGCUAAUUCGUGGCCCAAUCCCAAUCUCUUAAACGAUCUCCUUUCGACCCACUCUACGCAAUUAUAGUAUGUAAUAGCCUACUAGGUCCAUUCUAUAUCUCGUUGGGCAAAAUAUCCAUCAUAUAUUCUCACCCCAUUCCUCUUUAAUAUACCAAACACUCACCAUGUUUUAUGAGAAGACGAAAGUGGUGGUGAUGAAAGACAUGACGAGGAGGAACACGGGAGCACCACCCACUUCUUCCGCCAACAACAACGUUCGCUACGCCGAAUGCCAACGGAACCACGCGGCCAACAUCGGCGGACACGCAGUCGACGGCUGCCGGGAGUUCAUGCCCUGCGGCGCCGAGGGGACCGCUGCCGCCCUCACCUGUGCGGCUUGCGGCUGUCACAGGAAUUUCCACAGGAGGGAAGACCGACCAACCCUAAACUAGCGCUCAUUUUUAUUUAUUUAUCUUUAUUAUUAGUGUGUACUCGUAAAUAUUUAUUUUAUAUAAAGAAAAUACAAAUCUGAAUCUAUCAAUUCGGUCGAUUUGUCAUUUGUAUUAUUUGUCGUCCCUACGUACAAUAUUUGUGGUGGAUGAGUUCAAUGGGAUUGCGAAUGAAACCUAAAUAGAUUG